UGCGCGGCCCCGCUGCGGCGGUGCUGCUCCUGCCCUAUCAGGGCCGCGGCCUGAGGCGGAGCGGCCGCGGGUCUUGGGGUGGCGGUGCUGUCUUCGGCCCGAGGGGCCUCCCUGGGGCUUCUGGAAAUUCGGGGACUGCCGGUGGAGCUUCAUCCCGGGCUGCCUCAGGCCUUGGCAUCCGCCCAGGGCAGCAACGAGUGUAGCGGUUGCCCCACGGCGCAGCGGGCGAAUGCUCAGGCUGGGGCCAUUUUGUCACUCGCGCUGGUGCUGGUUUAUUGCUCCUGUUGUAAGCUACAGGCGCUCCUAAAAACAAGAGGUGCGUGCGGCGGGGUGCUCUGGCUUCUCCUGCCGCCGGUAAAGAGUACAAAACCGGAGCAAACAACUGAAGAUGUCAUCCUGUUUGGCUCAGGAGGUUCACCUUGCUAGAAGACAUGAGGAAAUACUGUCUCAGAGAUCAGAGCUGCUACAGCAGAUGGAGACUUAUUUAAGAGACAAAAAGACUAAAAAGACAUGGCAAACUCAAGCAGCUGAUGCAGCUCAUAAAAGGAAUGCAGCACUUUUAAAUGAUAUAGAAGCAGCAGAAAAAAGGCUUCAAGAAAGAAUAUAUUUACUUCCACAUCCCGAUAUUGUUAAGUUAGAAACUCUCUAUUGGGCAUCAAUAAAAGAAUCUCUUCCCAAGUGGGAAGAGUUUCUUUUAGGAAGAGCAGAAGUUCCUAUUGGCUUUAAGAAAAUGAAAGCUACAAAGCAGAGCAUAAACUACCCAGAAGAAGAUUCACAAAAAUAAACAUUUUAGUUUCAUUUUGUUUUGUAAUUUAUCACUUAAGCAGAGAUCAUCCAGAUCAGGCAACAGAAUAUCAUGCCAUUAAACUGAAAUGUAAAUAAUUUAAAUGAAAAUUAAUUAUAUAGGAUAAUUUGAUUCCACUGUUGCAUUGUGUACAAUUCCUUAUUUUUAUUCUGUACUAGAGAGGCAAUCCUCAAACAGGCUUUUAGGAUCAAGAAUGAGAAACAUUGGUGUAUAGAUUUACACCAAGGCAAUUGGGUUUUCAGUAUGAGAAGAAUUUUAUAUUAUUUUUAAUCCUCUGCUUCUACAUAUAAGUGCAAUAAGUAAAGACAGAAUCUUGCAUUAUCCUUCUUCACUUCAGUCAUCUGUGCUGCAUGCCUGCUCAGGGAUGAGGGAGAAAGGAAGAAUUUACUGUUAGCAGAAAAGGCAGACUGUGCAUCAGAGUAGCCUUGGUUUAGCAUCAGGAAUCUGUGGAAGAACCUUAAUGAGAGCAGUUGUAGAAGGAACAAACUUGAAUUCCUGCAUCUUGUUUUCCCUGAUUUUUGUCAUUGCCACUUUCAUCGCUUCUACACCUCACUCCAGGCAGCUUUUCCCAACCUCCUUCUGCCUACAUUGUAUUUCUUGUCUAACAGGUGGGCAAACAAAUCUCUAGGGCUUUUUGCUACUUCCAGGUUGCUUUUAAUGCUAUUUUCUUUCUGCUGAUAUAAUCUACAAGUGAGAUCUUUUUCUGAGACAUGAAAAGUUUGAAAGAAGCAAACUGAAAAGUAACUGGCUGUGGCUGUCCAAGAACAAAGCAUAUACAGAAGCUGAGGAUAUAAUAUUUUCAUUUUCAACCAUUGAACAGCUUCUCAGCUUUCACCUACAGAGGUACAGUAUCAGUGAGUUUUAAUUGUACUGAGCUAACUAGGUAUGAGAAAUUCACUGGUACAGAACUUCUAAAAGUGUCAGCUCAGUGGAAGAUCCUUCCUGGUUGUGACAUGGCCUGCAGAAAAUUAAUCUUUCCUAAGCAAAAGAAGCCUAGAAAAUAUUAAUUUCUUUUAUUGUUAAGAACCUGGACUUGAGUCAAUAUACUGUUAAAAUUUAAUUUCCUGCAACAACAUCAUUCCACCCCAACCUGGAAGUAGUAGGAAAAAAAAAACCAAAACCUCUGCCAGUGUCUGAGGGUAUGAAAAUGUAAUGAUUAUAAAUAUUGCUAGGCUGCUACGUAUCUGAGCUAUGCAUCUUCAUACUACAUAGAGACCCCACUAUUCAAAAAAAAUUAUAUCCCUAUGUAGCAUGAAGAAUCACUGACGCAACAAAAUCAAAACUUUAGGUACAAUGUAAAAUUGUUGUAUAUUUUCCACAAAUGAAUUAAGAGUUCCUUUUAAACUUUUUCUAUUGAAGUGUCCAUUAAACUGAUAACUUUUUACAGAAACUGCCAUCUUAGAAUUAUCCUGUUGAGUGGGUGUUGGUGUUUGUAACAAUAACGUUGUUUUCAUAAUAUGUGAUGGCAGAUUAGCACGCUUCUCUGCAGUGUUGUUAACAGUUGUAAUUAAGGAAUAAACAGUAAAGGGUGUCAGUCCGAUGACAAUUUCAUCUAUAGUGUCACAAUACAAAAUGUCACAAAAUAUUAGAACUGUUAUAUAACUACAAAAAUAUCAAAUUAGGCUUUCAUCUUACAAGCUGAGAGCUUAAAAAAAACUUGGCAUAGAGAUCAUUACAAUUUUAUACCUACUCAGUGUUCUGUCACAAAGACAACUUGGUAAUAUUUUCUUCUGUAAACUCACAAUGUGAUUCUCAAUCUGAUUUAGUGGGAAUGUGUAUGAUCUUACAGUUGUAGAGCUCACAUUUAAAAAGCAAGUAAUUAGAACCAGUUGAGCACACAAGAAGGGAAAACUUAUACAUGAUGCUCAGAAUGAAGGGAUGGAUGAGCAGUUAGUUGCUAACAAAGAAUGGGAUUCAUCCCGUUCUUUGCAUCCAAAGGGAAAUCACCUAAACUAAAAUCUGGGCCCCUAAGUACUUUAUACAUGCGAAUAAUCUGGGUCUUUAUCUCUUUCGACUCCACCUAAUCACUGGGACACAAUGCAGAUGCUUACUGUCUCCUUGCCCUUGUGAUUUCCCCUGGAAGGAGGUCUAAGUGUGUGGACAGUGAGGGCAUGGAAGCUCCAUGGGUGAGAGUUUGGCAACAUGCGUGAAAGGCACCUGCAAGCAGGAUUAGAGUAGUCACCAUGCCACUGUUAGGUGCUCACAUAGCAUGCCUGAGAGGAAAAUGAAAUUAUCUUCAAAGAAGGAAUUUAACUUUUUUUACUGCAGCAUAACUUUAGAAGCAGUAGGACAACUAGUUCAAGGAAAACUAUUUAGAAACAUGUCCAGAAAAGUGAAAACUGAAUGAAGAGAAACAUUUAAAGCAGUAAUGUAUGUAGGUGACUGCUCUCAGAGACAAGGGCCUUCAUGUUGGCCUGUGGUUUGAAACAAAUAAAUGCCUAUGACUGUGAAAUAGCACAGCAAUAGCAGCAGGGGCAACACAGCAGGGCCACUAAGGUACUGGAGCAAGUGUCUCCUGAGCUGGGGCGUGCAGUGGCGCGGAACAUAAUUAUAUGGUAUCUCCUGUUCUACUUAGAAUUUUUGAGUAUAAUUUACCAUGGCUGGGCUAGCUUGAUACUUGCCUUUUUAUAGAUAAAGAUUUGAGAAAGCAAGUGUUAAACUUUAGUGUGCUUAAAAAGAAUUUAAGAAUCCCCCAAAGUGAUUUGUACUAAUCUGAUUUAAUAUUGGUCUCCUGUGAGAUCUUGAAUGGGUAUUCUUCACCAAGUCAAGGCAGUUACUUAAAACAUGUAGUUACACCCCAUCUUAUCCCAAGCUUUUAUAUAUGUAUCAAAAAAAAUAAAAUAUAGAUAUUACAUCAUAUGUAUCUUCUGUAAUUUCCUACCCAACCUGAGUAAAUGUCUUUUCUCUCAAAAAAACCCACCACAUGCCCCCCCCCCAAAAAAAAAGAGAAAAAUACCCCAAAACGAACAAACAAACCAAGGACAAACCAAACUUGUCACUCAGGAGUCUUGACUUGCUGCUUGCCCUUUUGUGUUACAAUACAUGUAUGCAUAAGGUGCAGUGGUCCUAGGGGCCUGUUGCUUCUUGUGUUUGUCUAGUAGUCAGGGGACAUCAAUUGAGUGAAGAGCAGUGAGGAAACCCAAAGGUUUUUCCUUGUUUGUAAGUUAAUCUUGGAGUAUCUUGCAGGAAGAAAUAAUUAAUCAUACUUUUCUAGGUUAAUGCACAGAUGAGUAACCCCAAUACUAACCCAGGAGCACAGCCUGUUCACCCGUCUUGUCACCUCUACCAAUACAUUCCCAAGCUUUUUACUUUCUCAGUUAUCUGGCUGUGGGGGCAGGAGCAGAAGGCAAGGCAUGUUACUUUUCCCUAGCAUAAGAAAUUUGUUACUCUGCAGAAUCUUUCACAAGCCUAUUAAUUUAAUUUGAAAGUUCAUUUGAAAUAGUAAGUUGGUUUAGACACAUGAUAUUUGACAUUAUGGUAUCCUCUUGAUUGUAUUUAUUCAGGAUCAUGUUUUCAUAAAAGUUGGGAGCUAAUUUUUAGGCUGAGCUUAUAGUUUUUCAUUUCUGUCUUUUUAGUUCACAUAGAACAGGUUGGGGAUGUAGAUGCUCAGUUUGAGCUUGUUGGUACUGAAAAAUAAGAAAACCAAAUUUGAAAUGGAAUGUACUUUUAGAGGUUAUAUCUGAAAGAAAACAUUAUUUACUCCAUAAUGGUAAUUUUCAUAAUAUUUUAAUAGUUGUGUUCAGAUACAACUUGACCUUAAAUAUCACCCCAAAUGCAAGCUGUUUUAACAUAUUUGUAAUGCUAAGGUCUUCAUUACUGUGAUAUUCUGUUUGCUCAAGGAUUAUAAUCCAUGGGUAUACUGUGUUGUACUUGAAAUAAAGCUUUGAUCCUGUA